AUGUACCCAAUGAAGUCGAUGAAACAGGACUUGGAGUUUUUUUUUACUCAUAGGACUGUUCCAAACAUCCUUGAGGACCUGUCCUUAUCAAACACUGCAACAUGCACCGCCACAGAGACCACCGCGACAACAAGCACUGCCACAAGCAAGGACGUGGAUGCCCUGGACAUAUUCACUUUUAGUGGACUGUCAAAUGAAGACCUGGCUGAUUUGGGUGUUGCUCCAUUGUCUCCUACAGCCUAUCCAACCUCUCCAACACCUCCAACGUACUCUAUAAUAUUUGACAAUCUGGACUUUUACAUGCAGACACAUCAUCAGUCCAUCAGUCACACAAACAAGUCCAUACACUGGAUCAAUCACAUGUGUGUCAUCGACAGAGUCAACUCACUCCAAAUGAACGAACAUAAACCAGCAAAUACUUUGAGCAGUUAUGAUAUCGGGCAGUCGCUCCCUGGACCUGACACGCAAGACAGUUUGCGAAUAGAAUAUAUUGUGUUGGGAAGCCGUAUCCUGACACAUUAUUUGGAGGCAUUCAAGACCUUAUCGAGUGUAGUUGUUCACCACAUCCCCCACAAGUUCUCUGAAGAGAUGGCCCGGCCCUCAACAGAUUACCCACUUGGACUUCUACUCAAGGAUGAGACACAAACUGCUGACUUGGUGGAUGUGCUGCAGCAUUUUCAGCGAGAGUAUGUGCCAAGAUGCCCUAAUGGACUGCACAAGAUUUUGGUCGGGGGUGACCGACUUACGGAGGGAAAUUGCCGGAAUGCACAGUUGAUGUUUGCAGAAGGAGUGAGUGAGGAGGAACGUCUGGAGGGGCUUGUUUUUAAAUUUGAAGACUGGCAUGCCAUCCGUAAUCUCUUUGAGAUAUAUCAUCACAUCUUCUUCAAAGAAGCAUCUGCAAAAGACCAUAGUACACUCCUCGCAAACAUGAAUCUCUUGAGGAGUGUAACCUUAAGAUGA